AUGGACGGCGGCAGUUCUGAAAGUGAAAGGAACAUUUCAAAUUGUAUACAAAACAACUACAUUCGCAGGCGAAAUCUGACUAUUUUGCGAAACAAAAAAGAUCCGUUUUUAUACGAAGAGAACACAUUCAGGAAGUUCUUCCGAUUUCCCAAAUCUUUGUGCUGGGAUCUCAUUAAUCAACUCAAGCCGUAUGACCAACAGCAAACAUCGAUUCCAUUUGAACUUCGGUUUAUUUCAGUUUUAUAUUUUCUAUGCAAUAGCUCAUGUCAAUGUUGCGUGGGAAAUGCAUUUUUCGCGGUGAUGAGCCAACCCACCAUUUCCCGUUGUAUCGAAUAUAUUUGUAAAUUGGUGGUGGAGCGUAAACACGGCGAAGUGCGUUUUCCUAAUUCUGUUGAAGAAUACAAUAGAAUUAAGACUGGAUUUAGUUCGAAAUUUGGAAUAAAGGGUGUAAUUGGAGCAAUUGAUUUCACUCGUGUUGGCAUAAUUGCACCUGCCUUGUCAAACAUAGUUGUACCGCAUGAUUAUAUGAACAGAAAAGGUUAUUAUAGCAUUAAUGAAGCGGUAAGUAUUAUAUUCAAUAACUAAUUAAUAACUAAUUUUCCCAAUAGGUUUGUGACGAUGAACCAAUUUUCCGGCACGUGA